CGCUCUCUUGAAAAAGCAGUGUGAGGGAGAAAAGGAACGUGGAAGCAAGGAAAAGGUUUUACUCACAGAUGCUGGAUGUGACUGAAAAAGAACAUGGCGACUAUGAACACCACCAGUGAUCUAGCGGUCAACAUCUCUUCCACCCUUUCUUUUACAAAAUCACCACUACUUUUCAACCUAUCCAGCCUGCCCACCUCCCUCUCUUCCUCCCCCCUGCCAUCAGAGCCUCACAACCCAUUGCUGACCAUCAUGGUGGUGUUAGGCCUCUCCCUGCUCCUGGCUGUCUGUGCUAUCUUCCUGGCCGUGUGUUGUGGGUCGUCAGCCCAGACAGAGGAGGACUCAGUUGGGGGUUGUAGUUCAGGCGAGUCCCUGGUCUGUGGGCCUUCUCUGUCAUCGGAGCCCCAGCUCAAGCUGUGGAAGCGACUGGGCUCUGUACAGCGGUCGUUCACCUCCUCAUUCAGACAACCGCCCCAGUGCAGGCCCGAGUGCAGCACCCACUGCUCCCCAACCAGACAGCAACCGGACCACAGCAGCUUACCCACCUUACCAUGCCCUGCCUGUUUGACUAUGUUACAGAGAUAUGACUACGCUCUGACCGUGAGAUGAAUGCAGGCCCGGUCAUGGAGAUGACCGCUUUGACUGUAACUUGACCAAAGCACUUAGACUUGACCACAGUCCUGCAUGUCCAUGGAUGUACUGCUAACUAAACAAUGACACUAACUUCUGAUCAAACCCCCACUUCAAGAUAACCACAUGGACUGGUGGAGUAAAGGUUGUUUGGGCCAUGUUGUUAAUGACAAGAGAAGCAGGUGCAAGCCCAAGGUUCUUCCAAAAGGGAUAACAGCCUACGUGGAUGAUGUGAAUUGUUUCGUACAUUUUGAUUGUUGUAUUAGCUACAAUCUUACAAAAAAAGGGUUCAAAAAGUGUUAUUCGAUUGUUCCCAAGUAGAAACUUUUUGGGUUCCAAGUAGAACGCUCUGUGGAAAGGGUUCUACCUGGAACAAAAUAGGGUUUUACAUGGAACCAAAAGGGUUCUACCUUGAACCAAAAAGGGUUAUUCAAAGGGUUAUCCUAUGGGGACACCCAAAGAACCUUUUAAGGUUCUAGAUAGCACCUUUUUUUUCUAAGAGUGUAGAACAGUUUGUGUUAUUAUUUUAUUGUAUUAAAAUGUAGUUUGUUUAAGAAAAUUAAAAGCUUUCUCAAG